GCAAUCCGAUCAAUUGUUCCAAACAAAAGCAAUAACGAGAUAGUUCUGGUGCUGCAGCAGUUUGAUAACAAUGUAGACAAGGCUGUUCAAGCUUUCAUGGAUGGCAGCGCAACUCAGGUUUUAAAGGAAUGGAAUAUGACAGGGAAAAAGAAGAACAAUAGGAGAAAAAGGAACAAACCUAAGCAGCACCAAGGCAAUAAAGAUCCUAAAAACAAGAAUAGUGGACCUGAGAAGGUGUCCCAAGAUCCGCUGGGAAUAUGUGACUGCCAUCAGAAUGGAUGCUCAAAGGACAACUCUUGCAGUGGUUCUGCCAAUCAGAAACUGGAAACAACUUCUCCUAAGAGGAAAGGCUCAGGAUUUGUAGAGUCAGCACUGGUCUGUCCAGAAAUCAGAGACAAAGAACAAGAACACCAGAGAGUAUCUGUGGAAUUAAACCCAAAGGCUAUAAAUGGAGUAGAACAGCAUGAGUCUCUUCAGUCAUCAGUUCAACUCCAGUGUAACCUAGGCAGGCCAAAGUCAAAAUCUUCCUCAGUUAAAUCAUCCAAUGCUACAACCCAGCUUGAUACAAAGACAGAUGAUUCAGUCAAAAAAAGAGGGCCGAACAUUGAAAAAUCAGUAAAAGACUUGCAACGUUGCACUGUUUCUCUAACUAGAUAUCGUAUGAUGAUUAAAGAGGAAGUGGAUAAUUCAGUGAAGAAGAUCAAAGCUGCUUUUGCAGAAUUACACAGCUGCAUUGUAGACAAAGAAGUGUCAUUGAUGGCAGAAAUUGAUAAAGUUAAAGAAGAAGCCAUGGAAAUCCUGACUGCUCGGCAGAAGAAAGCUGAGGAGCUGAAGAGACUGACGGACCUAGCCAGUCAGAUGGCUGAAGCACAACUGUCUGAACUCAGGGCUGAAAUUAAGCACUUUGUGAGUGAACGGAAAUAUGAUGAAGAGCUGGGCAGGUCUGCCCGAUUUUCCUGUGAUACAGAACAGCUGAAGACCCAAAUUCAGCUCUGUGGAGAAAUUUCUCACCCAAAGAACAACUAUUCCUCAAGAACACCGUGUAGUUCAGUGCUGUCUUCAAUCACCUCGCAUGUAACAACUGGCAAGCAAAAUAUGCACACUCGGAAGUCCUCUAGUAAUGCCAAGAACUCUGAUAAUAAAGCAGCCAGCGCUAAAGUACAACGUCACCUUUCUUCCAAUCCUACAGAAUCUUCUUCUCAAGGAAUCCUGACAAAUAAGCAGAAUGGUUCUUCUAGCCAGAGACGAAGAUUCAACCCACAGCACCAAAACGUCCGGCUCAAUGGAUCUCUUAAGUCACAAGGUGCCAGUAAUGAGGCUGAUCAAAACAAUACAAAGAGUGGUUCCAGGUCUGAACACAGAAGACAGCAGCAUAACAACUUCAGAUCUAAAAAUAAAGGAGCUAUGAAAAAUCAAGAGCAGUCCACAACUACAAGGACCACAGAGAAUCCAACACAUUCAGAAAAGACCCGACGAAAGCAUCAUACGCCAGACACAGCAGAUCACAGGCCUUUCCAAGGCAGUGUUGGCAGGGUGUCACAAUGCAACUUAUGCCCUGCAAGGAUGGAUGUCUCUGCUGAUGCCACUGUUCUUUCAGUGCCAGCUGUGACCUUGGUGGCUUAAAAUGUCACAGUGAUGGCAGGCAAAGAAAUAUAAUCUCUUCAUUUUAGUUUCUUGCUUGAGAGGCUCAUUGAUGAAGAAAAUAAGUCAGAACAUAGUCAUUUUAAAUCUGUUGCUGCUUAAAACUUGUUGGUAUCUUUAUUACUUACUAAUUAUAAAAAUUAAUUCAUACUUUCAAGUCUUUACCCAAUAUGUUCGCAGUUACUUUGUCAUGACAGUAAAGAAUCUUACCAAAGCAGCAUUUACUUUUUAGAAAAAUGAAAUCUAGAUUGGAAAAUUUAACUGAUAAUUACCUUUACAAUAGCAAAAGACCUGUUGUAGAUAUGUGGUGGUACCAGUCAACAUUACUGUUUUUUAGAGCAGCCUGUGUUAGAAGGAUCCCAGGAAGUCUGUAUACUAUGGUCUGCAAAGAAAGAUGAUAGUCCUGUAGAAUUUUCCUGCAAAUCGCUGUUCACCUCUUCCUGUGUGUGUAUACACGUACAUGCAUGCACACAUAUACACAGAGUAUUGUUAUAUAUAAGAACAUUUGAAAAAGUAGUACAUUUUAUUCUAGCUCAUUAUUCCAU